AUGAAUCCUAGUGAAGAUGCAGAGCUGUUUAAUGAUUCCAAUCUUCUUGGUCAAAGCCUGAAUUUGCUUCCAGGAGAACACGACCCAUUCAAUCUGGAUAUCAUAGAGGGAGAAAAAAGUACCGUCGUGAAGCCUACAGAGGAAACAAGGAAGGCAACAUUCGCGGACGGCAAAGCCUACUUGUUACCCAAGAAUGUCCGAGCAAACAUCGGGAACCGCAAAACUACCGUGAAAUCCCUGAUAGUAGAAGCCGGUGAUAAGUUAGCACAGACUCUUGAUGCCAGCGCUUCGUUAAGUGGGAGCUACGCGGGAUUUUCGGCAAGUGCAUCCGCCCAGUAUAGCUACGCCUCGAGCUUGAGCAACACCAACUACUACGCUCUUCUCAGUGUGGACCAUACGUCAUUUACCCUGGCACUCGAGGGACACGACGAAACCGAUGAAAAUAUAAACCCGAGUUUUGUCAAAGCCGUGGAACGCCUCCCUGAUUGGGAUUCAACAGAUAAAGUUCAUGAUCAGUACAUGCGGUUUUUUCACAGCUGGGGUACCCACUACAUCAAAUCAUGUACCUUUGGUGCUCGAUAUCAGUUAAAGAUUGAGAAUCAUGCAUCGAAGUCCGAGUCAAAGGAAGAAUUCGAGGCCAAUGUUAGCGCCGAAUACAGCGGCGUGGCUAAUGUUAAAGGCGAAGCGAGCUUGAAAACCUCAAACGAGUACAAAUCCUACCUCAAGACUCGUCAAUUCCAGACCAAGGUGUUUGGUGGAAGCUCCAGCUCAAACAUCAUUCUUGGCAAUGCACCAGACGACCCAGAGAAGUACCAAGAGGCUUUUAAGGGUUGGGCCGACAGCCUCAAUGACGCCGUUGCAAGCAAUCUAGUCAGCGUGAAGGUCGAUAGCAUUGGAAAUCUUCUAGAAAACAGUUCUUUCCCUGAACACAAUGAUUUAUCUGAGAAGUUAACCAAGGCGCUUGAUUUCAUGGCUAGCAAGCGACUGGCGGAGGGCUUUUUGAAAUUCUCUUUGCCCACAGAGUCAGCUCCUCUCAAUUAUGCUCGCGGGCUAUCAAUCCAGGGGGCCCCUGGCAUAAUCAUACGUCAAUCAUCACAGGGAUUCUCAAGAUUUGAAAUUGACUGCGUUGUUCGACUCAGCCCGCAGACUACCGUCACUGGUAUAAGCUGGAGCCCCGUUGAUGCAUCUUUGCAACCACCUUCGAAAAGCAAAACGGAAAUCGGUGUUUUCUAUUCGGGUGUAGAAAACACGGAACGCAUGAAAAACAUUCGUUCGAAGGGGCAUACAGUCGAAGGCGACGUGACAAUUGAUGCGGUAAUUCCUCUUUCAAUCUUUGCGCCCCCGGGAGCUCUCACUGUUGAGUUGUCCAAUCCUACUCAAAGAUUGAGCAGCACGGACCUUGAUCUUUCCCCACGCGGUCCAAGACUGAAUUUAGCUGGGGGUAAAUCCGAGCAGAAAUACGAAAUUCGCUCACUGUUUUUGCCUGGCUCUGGGAACAGUGGAGUUCACAUUGGUGCAUGCUUUGCAGAGAACUGA